AUGACAAAGGAGGCAGAGACAACCUUUGCACCAGUCUCAAACGGUAAACGUUUAUUGAAUGAGUUGCUUGAAUCAAGUCGCAACUUACCAAACAGGGACUCUGAUUUAGGAUCAAUUCAGUUAGGUAUUAAUGAACUCAGAAAGAAAGCUCAUGAGUUGCGCAAAAACAAAGUGGAGGUUCAACAAGGAGACCACUUUACAAAGGCUCACUACUUAUUAGCUGGUAAAGUCUCAAUUGAUGAUGUUGCCUCAAGUAUCAAACUUUUGGAGAGCAAUAAUGUUCUUGAACCAAGAUCAAAGACUAGCACUCAACAAGGUGAUUUGGACAGCUAUCUCAGAUCUAAAAAGGAUGAAAAUAUUUUGUCUGCUAUUGAACAAUCUUUAAGUUCUGCUGCUAGGGAUUUUGACAAUUUUGUUAAUCAAAAUAUAUCUUUAGAUUGGAAACAACGCAGGGAUGAAAUUAGAGAGUCAUUUGGUAUUGUUUUGAACAGACAAACCGCACAUACAGAUUCAAAAGCUGCUAAAUCUAACGGCGCAGAUUCAAAAAGCAUUAGUUGGGGGAAAUCACUCAAACUUUUGGAAGACAAUUCUUCAAAACUCAAUGUCAACGCCAAUUAUUUAACACGUCGCAAGUUCGAACGUUAUGCUAAGGUAAUCAAUGAGCUAAACAACACUAGACAAUCAUCACCAAACAUUGAUAAUGAGGAUGCGGAGUUUGAUUUGGCAAAUGAGUUUAUAAAUAUAUAUCAAAAUGGAUCGGACUCAAAAUCUAGACAACUCUUGGAAAGCUGGCAAAUCAUUGCAAAUAUGAAGAAAGGUUCUCGCAAGGGUAUUGAUUCAAAAGGUUUCAAAAAUCAAAUUGUUUCAAAGUCUAAAACAUUUUUAGAGCUACAAUUUUUCGAAUAUGCUGAUUCUAUUUACAGAAAAAAAGUUUCAGAAAAAGGCUUGCCAACUAUAAUCAAUAAAAUCAAGUCUUUUAUAGAUUCGCAGAAACUAAAUGCAAAUGGGAACUUAUUGAUGGUCAAUGGUACACCAAUCUGGGCAUUAGUCUUUUACCUCUUGAGAGCUGGUUGUCAAGAAGAGGCAUUGAAUUUAGUUUUAGAACAUCAGGCUGUGUUCAAAAAAGUUGAGCAAUCCUUUGUCCCAUACUUCAAGGCUUACGUGAACUCGCCGGAUAAAAGAUUACCACAACCAUUAGUUACAAAAAUUCAAAAUGAAUUUAAUCACCAUAUCAAAAACUCUAUUGAUGGUGAUCCAUAUAGGUAUGCUGUUUAUAAAAUUUUGGGAAGAUGCCAAUUAUCAAGAAGAAAUAUUUCCAAUAUCGCAUUAACAAUCGAAGACUGGCUAUGGAUACAUUUGAUGCUUGUUAGAGAAGAUUCACAAGUUGAGUAUGACCCAGCAUAUGAAAAAUACUCAUUGGCUGAUUUCCAAGAGAUAAUUUUGUCGUACGGUGUUAAUAAAUUUAGCACGAAUUACUUGCAGGUCUUAUUAUUGAGUGGUUUGUAUGAUCAAGCAGGGAAAUAUGCGCUAGAAAUCAAUGAAAUAGAUGGUGUUCAUCUAACAAUAGGUCUUGCAGCUUAUGGUCUUCUACAACAAAGUACUCAGGAUACUGUUAAUUCAUCAAAGGGGUCUCAUUUCAGUAAAAUUCUGGGCUCAUAUAUUCAAAGCUUCAAACUGUCAGAUCCAAGAAUUGCUGUUGAAUAUUUGAUUUUAAUUUGUUUGUUCCCAGAUCAAACAGAAACAUGUCAUGAGGCAUUGAGAGAGUUGGUGUUAGAGACUAGGGAGUUUUCUAUUCUACUUGGUAAAGUCAAUGCUGCAGGAGUUAGGGUUCCAGGUAAAAUUGAACAAAGAAAGUCUUUGAUCGCUUUAGAAAAUGAUUUCCUAAAUAAAAUCACAGAACAAGCUGCUAUAACUGCUGACAAAGAAGGCAGAAUUUAUGAUGGAUUGUUACUUUAUCAAUUAUCUGAAGAAUAUGAAAUUGUUGUAUCAAUUGUUAAUAGGUUACUAGGAGAAUUUUUAAGUAACACGGAAUUGGAACAAAGCUUAGUUGAUGGUAAUAGUGAAACAAAUCCAAUUUUGAUCGCAGAGAAUUUCUUGAGUUUAUACCAGGACAUUUCAGUGAAAAAUAAGGAAAUCUGCAAAAAACUCUUGAGGAUUGCAGAAAUUAGACAAAUAUACUUAGAAAAAGAUUGGGAUUUAUGUUUGAAAAACAUUGAAGAACUGGACAUCCUACCUGUUAAUGCAAAUACAGAUUUAGGAUCUACAAGACUAAAAGCUGAAGAAUUGGCUUAUUUGAAUGAAAGUUUGUUGAGAAAUGUUCCUAAUUUGUUGAUAAUUACAAUGACUUGUGUCGCUCAUAAGAAUGAGCAAAUCAACAACAGUGCAUUCAACGGGUCUAUAAAGGAAGAAAAAUUGAAGGAGCUAAGACUUAUUGCUAAAAAUUGUGUUGUUUUUGCAGGUAUGGUUCAAUAUAAAAUGCCUAGAGAAACAUUCAGUUUGUUGAUUGGUUUAGAAGCUUUGUUAUAG